AGAAUGCUGCUUAAUCAUAUUGGAGAUGGUGCUUUGCCACGAAGUGAUUCCAAUCUGCCUGGCCCGGACAAAGCUGUAAAUGUUGCUCCCAGCAGCUGGAGCCUGGACAGUGGGAAGGAAGCCAGAAACACAUCAGAAAGUGGAAAGCUUAUAUCUCCUCCUGUACCACCAAGACCUGCACAGACUGCAUCACCAGCAAGACACAUAGCCUCCGUUUCCCCUUCUCCUGCUGGCAGAUCACCAAUGAAGGGGUCUGUGCAAUCAUUCACACCAUCUCCAGUGGAGUAUCAUUCCUCGGGGCUCAUAUCCAACUCCCCGGUGCUCUCGGGGAGUUACAGCAGCGGCAUCUCUUCACUCAGCCGAUGUAGCACAUCAGAGACGUCGGGCUUUGAAAGCCAAGGCAACGAACCAACAGUGACUGUCCCCAGCUACAGCGUUUCGGAGGAGCCUGUGAGAAAAGAAAGUAAAACCCCGCCGCCUUACAGCGUGUAUGAGCGGACUUUGAAACGCCCCGUUCCUCUACCUCACAGCCUCUCCAUCCCGCCCGCCACGGACCCACCAGCGCUGCCGCCCAAGCCACAGCUGGUGCGGCCAAACAACCUGGAAAACAGCAGCAGGAGGACUGAGCAGGUUCCCCGGCCCAGGCCUCUGCCCCGCAAAGUCUCUCAGCUAUGAGAAGCCACUUUUGUAUUUAAUUGCAACCAAUUCUUUACCGUUAAAGAAUAAUAUUUUCUAAAAAUGGUAAAACACGUUUAGUUAGGCACUUUAAUAUUUCACCCACCUUUUCUUUUGAGUUACUUUGAAAUGCUUA